CUUUUUCUUCUACUCUCUCUCUUCUUCCUCUCACUCUCCAUUUCCCCACGGCCUCUCUCUCUCUCUCUCUCUCUUCGAUCCUCUUCGCGAAUUCGAUUCUGGUUCGCGAUAGGGUUUGGGGAGGAGGAGAUUCGAAUGUGGAUCUGAUCGGUGAGGUGUUCUUCUCUGGGAUCUAAACGCGGUCUCUGGGAUUCGAUCUCGUUCGAAGGAUUCGUUGUCGUCGGUUUCGUACCUCGGCAUUUGGAUCUCUGCGGGUUAUAGAUACGUUUAAGGAGAAUAGUAAAAAGUGCUUGUAAUCAAGAGAACACAAAACUAUUGAAUUAGUUUAAGAUAUUGACUGUGCUGAUGAAACUACAGAACACGAUUCUCAGGCCUCUGUUAUGUAGUAUGAGAUGAUGUACAUCAAAAUGACUUACAAGGGGUGAAAACCAGUUCAAAAUGAGUUUGCAUUCAAUACCAUUUGAAAAAUGGAAGAAAUACUAGGUGAUUCCAUGCGAUCUGAACCGGGGACGCCCAAUGCUACUUGGUGGUCCCCAGGCUUUAUCGAAAAACUACAAGCUCUCUCAUUGUCACAACAGGAAGAGGCUUCUACUGGUAGAGGAUUGACAUGCAAUGCGGCGAAAGCUGAAAGUUUAUCUCAGGCUGCUUCUCAGACACUGUGGUCUACUGGAACUUUUUCUGGUCCAAUACCGAAUGGUUUUUAUUCAAUUAUUCCGGAAAAGAAACUCAAGGAGCUUUUCAGCAUCAUUCCAUCAUUAGAUGACUUGAACUCACUUGGCAAGGAGGGGCUUAAAGCUGAUAUCAUUCUUGUAGAUGCAGAGAAGGAUAAGAAGCUUUCCAUGCUGAAGCAGUUGACUGCAGCAUCAGUAAAAGGACUAAGCACAAAUCCUGCUCUACUAAUAAAAAAGAUUGCAAGUUUGGUUUUUGACUUCUAUAAACGAUCAAAUUCAGAGCAAAGUCCUGCUAAAGCUACAGCUGAAGACUUGCCUCGUUUGAUAGAAAAUCAAGGGUUGCGACUUUUGGGGCAGAUAAAGCAUGGGUCAUGUCGUCCCCGAGCAGUUCUAUUUAAAGUUCUUGCAGAUGCUGUUGGUCUUCAGAGCAAGCUUGUGGUGGGGCUCCCCAGUGGUAGUGCUGCUGAAUCUGCAGAUUCGUACAAGCAUAUGUCUGUGGUAGUUGUGCUAAAUUCAGUGGAACUGCUAGUUGAUCUAAUGCGCUUCCCUGGACAGCUAAUUCCAUUUUCAAGUAAGGCCAUCUUUAUAUCACAUAUCGCAGCAGCAGGGGAAAGCGACUCAGCUGAAAACGACUCCUGCGAUUCUCCUCUUGAACCUAAUAGUCCUCUCUACGGGUUUCCUGACAAGAUUGAAGCAGAAGGUGUGGAACAAGAUGAAAACCACCGGCCUUUGUAUCAAAGGAGAAUGGAGGCAUCAUUAAACAUAUCUGGACAGACAUUGCACAAUAUUAUGCUGAGAUCAUCCACAUUUACGGAGAGGAAGUUAAGCACAUCACAUAGCGAAUCAGACAUUGCAAAUGCCUUUUGGAGAUGCAGCAGGAGGAAAGCUGUUGCUGAAGAGCAGCGCGCUGCUAGUUCAAGCCCAGAGCAUUCUCUGUUUAGAGCAAAAGGGAGAUCCAUUCUUAGUGGCGACAGACAAUCUUUUACAGAAUAUACAGAUGGUGCCGCUACCUCAAGAUUAACGAGGUCAGCUGGCUCAUCAACAUCUGAUGUUCGUAGAAUACGAAGGCGAAGCAUUAGCAUUACACCUGAAAUUGGUGAUGAUAUUGUGAGAGCUGUUCGAGCAAUGAAUGAAACUCUAAAGCAACAUCGACUCCUUAGAGAUAAUGAUGAUGGUAGUCCGAGCUCAUACUCUGCCAAUGACCAAAACAACUUGAUUGAUCCCGCAAAAAAUGAUGAACUAGCUGGAAAACUAUCUGCUACGAACAAUGAGUCGAGAAAUCAAGCAAGUUCCAGUCAAAAGGCUAUGUCAUUACCUUCAUCGCCCCAUGAAUAUAGGGGUGAAGAUGGGGCUUCAGAUUUUCUACAGAAGGAGCACAUGGUCUCAAUUUGGAACGAAGUGUUGCAGAGAUCUUCGUUUUUGAAUAAGCCUUUAUUGCCUUUUGAAGAAUGGAAUAUUGAUUUCUCAGAGUUAACUGUUGGGACACGUGUUGGAAUAGGUUUCUUUGGAGAGGUUUUCCGUGGCAUAUGGAAUGGCACCGAUGUUGCAAUUAAAGUAUUUCUCGAACAAGAUCUGACACCUGAGAACAUGGAAGACUUUUGCAAUGAAAUAUACAUACUCAGUCGCCUCCGGCAUCCAAAUGUUAUAUUAUUUCUUGGGGCUUGCAUGAAGCCUCCACACUUGUCGAUGGUCACCGAGUAUAUGGAGAUGGGAUCUUUGUAUUAUAUCAUACAUAUGAGUGGGCAGAAAAUCAAGCUUAGUUGGCGGAAGAGACUGAAAAUUCUUCGUGAUAUAUGCAGGGGGUUGCUGUGCAUACACCGCAUGAAAAUAGUCCAUCGGGAUCUGAAGAGUGCAAACUGCCUCGUGAAUAAACACUGGAUGGUUAAGAUAUGUGACUUUGGCCUUUCGCGGGUAAUGACAGAUGGUCCCAUGAAUGAUAACUCGUCUGCUGGCACCCCGGAAUGGAUGGCUCCCGAACUCAUCCGGAAUGAACCUUUUACUGAAAAGUGUGACAUCUUCAGCCUCGGAGUAAUAAUGUGGGAGCUUUGCACUUUGAGUAGGCCGUGGGAAGGCAUACCAGCUGCUCAAGUAAUAUACUCAGUUGGCACUGAAGGGGCACGGCUUGCGAUUCCCGAGGGCCCUCUUGGCAAGCUAAUCUCAGAUUGUUGGGCCGAACCCGAUGAGAGCCCAAUAUCUUCAUUCCUGCUAAAUCUAUCUAUUGUUUUCUGCUUAAGAUUGUUGGGCCGAACCCGAUGAGAGACCGAGCUGCCAAGAGAUCCUCUCUCGCCUGCUUGACUGUGAGUAUGCUCUCUCCUGAAUUGUACUGUCAUCUGAACAUGUAUAGCUAGAGUAGGGAGAUUAACUUAAUAAACAUACAGAGUCUUUGAGGUGUAUGUACAUCAGCUUGCUACGUUUGUUGGUUUGAUAGAUGCGUUCUCUCGGUAACUUAAGAGAUCUUUUAGCAUCAGUAUAGUGUGGUUUCUUUUCUUGUUAAUAUAGGAUAGUGAAUAAGGAGUACAUUGUAUGUAAUAUGUAUCUUAUGCUACAAUAUAAGCACAACAAUGCAUCGUCAGAUGUGAUAAAGAGUACGGUGUAUGUAAUAUGUAUCUUAUAUGCUACAAUAUAAGUGCAACAAUCCAUUGUCAUAUAUGGUAAUAGAUGUUUCAGAUGUUCUUUG